CCUCUGCCGCAUUCAGAUGCAGCAUUGUCGUGAUUCUUUUGAAGCGUUUGAGGUCCGCCAGCCAUCACUAGAGCACGGGGUAACGCCUGGUUGAGCUUUGCGCUCAGGCGACAACAAAAGAGCAAUCAUGACGAGAGGAAAUCAGCGUGAACUUGCCCGUCAGAAGAAUGCUAAGAAGCAUACUGAACAGGCCAAAGGGAAGAAAAAGGAGGAUGGCCUCUCUGCAGCUGCUCGUAAGCAGAGAGAUGCUGAAAUCAUGCAACAAAAGCAAAAAAAGGCAACUGACAAGCCAGACACCAAUGCCAAAUAACCAGAGGAUGACAUCGUGACCAACAUGCCAUUUUGAAUUCCUGGCCUGAUAGUCUUUUUGUUAUGAAAAAUAUCUAUCAUUGUGUAGAUUUUGAGACCUUGAUUCUCUAAUGUUUCUCCUCAAAGUCCAUAAUAUGUUGGAAAGGGCAUAUCGCUAAUACAGUAUGUAACGAUUUUAUGUUGUUUUAUGUUUAGUAAUGGUGGAAUGGAGGAUAUAGUUCCUACUUUCGAAUAUUCAGAACAAGUAAAAUAAAUGGCACUUUCAAAACAUCUGGACUGGCAUUGCAAUUUCAUAUUUUUGUAUUAAGUGCCCUUCUUAAUAAAAUGUACAUUUUAAUUCACACCUUGUAAUUAAACUAUAUCUCUAAAAA